CCAGCCAGCCUUUUACGCACCGGCCCAACUUUUUCACUUCUAUGGAUGAUGCGCUCCAAAGCUGCAGGCGAGCGGGGCCGCGCGCGUUCAGUAAGUUUUUAAACCCAGCCAGUUGUGUCCGUCCUCAGGUGGACUCCUGGGGAGGAGGAGGAGAGGUGGGGUCAGGAUGAGGGUCUGUAACAGGGGGGUGAUGAUGCUCCUCACCACGGCGGGGGCCUUCUGCGCCUUCAGCCUCAUGACCAUUGCGGUGGGCACCGACUACUGGCUGUACUCCCGCGGGGUGUGCCGCUCCAAGAACCUGAACGACAACGAGACGGUCCACAAGAACGAGGAGGUCCUGACCCACUCCGGCCUAUGGAGGACCUGCUGCACCGAGGGAAUAUUCCGAGGGGUUUGCAAACACAUCGAUCAUUUCCCAGAUGAUGCAGACUAUGAGCAGGAUGCUGCUGAGUAUUUACUGCGAGCAGUUCGAGCCUCCAGCCUGUUCCCAAUCCUCAGUGUGGGAUUGCUGUUCCUCGGAGGACUGUGUGUGGCUGCCAGUGAGUUCUACAAGUCCCGCCACAAUGUCAUCCUCAGCGCUGGUAUUCUUUUUGUUUCUGCAGGUCUCAGCAACAUUAUCGGCAUCAUCGUGUACAUAUCAGCCAACUCAGGUGACCCCAGCCAGAGCGACAACAAGAAGAGCUACUCCUACGGCUGGUCCUUUUAUUUCGGAGCCCUGUCCUUCGUGCUGGCUGAGAUGGUGGGUGUCUUGGCAGUGCACGUGUUCAUAGAAAAACACAGGCAGCUGCGCACCAAAGGCCGGCCUUCGCUCAUCAAGCCUCCCAUCUCCAGAAACUCGUCCUAUUACCGCAACCGUUACUACCAGAACCGCAGCAGCCGCUACAGCUACAGGAGCAAUCACAGCACGGCGGACUCAGAAGCGCACACCUAUCCAGGUCCUUUGGGGUGUGACCAGGAGCUCUCCGUUCAGUCUAAAAUGGCUGACAUGACAGGUUUACCCCCGACAGCCACCGUGRGCUCCGAUUUCAUGCUGUACACCCUAACGUCGCCUCUCAAAGACAGUGAUAUUAUGGCUGUGAAUGAUCACGCRACUGUAGCGGCUCACAACAAUGUAGAGAUGCUGCCAGGAAACUGUGCAUCCAGCCGAAGGACCACUCCAGUCUGAGAGGAGAGGGAACCCCAGAGGAAGGGGUGUAACACUAAAUAAAUCAGAUCUUAAUAAUAAGGGUUUUAUGGAAAGGUCAUGAACAAUUAUUAUCUAACCAGUGGAAGAUAGCUUCAUGAACAGCCUCAGUUUGGAAACAUGGAGCUUAAUUAUGACCCGAYUGAUAAGCUAAAGGCUGCAGUCCACACAGGGUCAAAAAAGGAAGUAAAUUACUUUUGUUUUAAAACAACUUCAGUCUUAAAGAUUUCUUAAUUGUUAGAUGCUAUUUUAUAAAGCAUUACAUCAUUGUCGGCAACCGCUUUGGGCAUGAAACUGUAUCAUGACUCUCAAAAAUUGUCAUUUUCAGAAAAAAAAUCCUUAUUACUCACAAAAGGGGGAUGGAGGGUGGUUGUGCCUGCAGUGUAGGGGAGCAGGGAAAGGAGGAUGAGGAGAGCAGUGGAGCAGGUUGGGAGGUGGUUAUUUGGUUUUAUUUAUUUAUUUUAUGCCCUACAGGCUCUGAGAUGUAAAACAAACGUGAAGCUA